AUGCCUGACUUGCAUACUCUACCUGUGGGGUCUAGGCCCGAGAAGGCUGUGCGCAAUAACGGACCGGAUAAUCUUGUCCUUGAGCGUUACAAGCUGAGAGAGCUGGCCGAAGGAUGGCCCUUGUAUCGGCAAAAUGACUAUAGUGAUGCUUGUGAGUGGGAGAAUUUGAAAUCCAUCUUCCACCCAGAUGCAUACAUUUACACCACCUGGACGGGCAAGACACACCAUCUUGAUUUUAUUGCGGCAUCUCAGAAGGGAAUGGACAAUGGCGCCUUCAUUAUGCAUCGCUGCCACGGCACUAGCACCGACAUCAACACGGAAGCAACCCGGGCCGUGACGAAAAUGAAAGCCACCAUCACUCAGCGGUUUUACUUUGACGACGGUGAGGCAGACGCCGAGAGCGACUGUCGAUUUUGCUUCUUUUGGUUGAAGACCGAGAGUGGCGAAUGGAAAGCACAGUAUGUGAGGCACUGGUACGAGAAGGAUAAAUUGAUUCCCGUCAAUCCCAACAAGGUCCCCUCGCUAGAUGAGGAAGCCCUUCAAAAGUUUCCCAGCGGCUAUCGUUAUCUGGCCUACUGUCAAGAGAAAACGAUGGGGGUCAAGUGUUCGUUGGACAUGCCGGGACACAGGCGCGAGCAGAGCGACUUGCCUGGAAGUUUCAAGAAAUGUGGAGAUAAACACGACCUGCUGUAUUGGCAAUGUAAAAAGUGGGUUGAGGGCGCUGUGGACCUGGAGUUUUAA